CCGAGAGCAAAAAAUAGAAGUAUUGAAGAUGAGCAAACAACCUAAAAAAAAAUGUCUUCCAUAUGUAAACACACACAUCAAAUAGACAUCUAGGUGAUGUUCGUGUGCUAUCAGGUUAGUAUCGUGGUAAGAGGCGCGCGAGACCGGGGUUCAGUUCGCCCACGGGAAGAUGACACUUUUUAAAUGUGACAAUUAAAACUUUGACAAAUACUAAGUAACAUCCAUGUUCUGUAAGAAAACAUUUGACAAUAAAAAUAUUAGACGACAAUAAACAAACCAUGAACUGCAAUGUUCUGUCAUCCCAACAUUGCAAGGAUGUUUGAAAGAUUUAUCUAUAUUUUAGAGACAACUGUUACUGUAGAACUGACUAAACUUAGAAUAGGGUACCCAGAGCUCAAUAAAAUGACUAAUGUUGUUUUGAUACAUUUUAUGAUAAAUAAUGGCCACUCCAUACAUUGGGCUCUCAUAAAGUGAUUAACAAGAUCCUAACAGCAUCUAUCUAUCUACUUAUGCAAAUUAAUAACCAGUUCCCAUCAUAGUAUUUCUCAUCUUGAGGCUACAUGUGGGUUACUUAUAGAUGUUUAGUUGUCCAACAUCUUCCCCUUUUGGUUUGUUGACAGUACUGCAUGUAUGACAAAAUAACUAGUACAGUAAGUGCAGAAAGACGCAACUUCCACUGCUAUUUAAAUUACUAAAGCUUUGCAGUAUAAGACAAACUUAACCAACCAAUAACUUAACCGUCACAGAAAGAUAUUACCCUGAUAUUUAGAAAAGUAAGUGUGCUUUUGAUCAUAAACCGGCUCUCUCCAGCACAUAACCCUAGAUAUAUUUAGCCCUUGUUUUUCAUUGCAAACUGACCCCAUUCCCGUGGAGAGUAGGUGAUAGGCUCGGCAAGGAUAUAAAUGUCACAUGAAGCACUUCAACAGAGUAGUUAGUAGUGGGAGGAUGGUUGCACAGUCAUGGCUUGUGCAAAGCAAGAUGUAGGUAACUAUGACCUAAGCCCAGGGACUGAGAUUAAAGCACUUGUUGAGGAGAAGAUAGUGCAAGAUGUUGUAGAUGAAGAUGAUGUAGUUCCAGAUGUAGUGCUACAGGUAAAAGGAGAGUCGUUCUUUGUGAAUCGCCAACGUUUGGCCAAGCUUAGUCCUUAUUUCCGAGCCUUGUUCUUUGGCGGUGGUCGGGAGAGCACCAGGAAGCUCAUUGAGAUAAAGGGUGUUGGACUGCAGCCGUUUCACACCCUAAUGGAGUUUACGAAGAACUUUAAGCUGUCCCUGGACACCAAGAAUGUCCUUGAUAUUCUGGAAGCUGCAGACUUUCUACAGUUAGACAGAGCUCGGCUACUAUGUUGUAAGUUUCUCGAAAGGCAACUGCAUCUUAGCAACUGCCUGGGCAUGAUGGCCUAUGCUUGGCAACUUGGCUGUCUGGAACUGUACGCCGCGGCACGGGAUGUCGUCUUGACCCAUCUACCUGCCAUAGCCUCUGACCAGGACUUCAUGUUCCUUUCGAAGGAGAGCAUCGCUGACCUCCUUGCAAGUGACAACUUGAGCAUUCCACGAGAAGAUCUGGCCCUCGAUGUGGCCCUUCGCUGGGCAACAUUUGACCCAAGUCGGGAAGAAGACUUCAUGGAACUGGUGGGUCUAGUUAGGCCUGAGUGCUUAAGUCUUCCUUACAUUACUGAUCUUCUGACCAAGAUAAACAGUUCAGACCCACGUGCUAAGCUCAUUUGUAGACUCAAUGAUAACCUGCCGAGCAGCUGGACUGUGGGCAGGUCUGUUCCAAGAACACGGUCAAGGGAAACUUUCUUUGUUCUCGGUGGGCCACAUGAGCAAGAUACGCAGUUGCUGUAUCAGUUUCACCCCUGUAGUGGAAGGUGGCAGUCCCAUCCACCCCUGCAGAAGAAAUGUCUCACGCAGUACUCGAUGGCUGCAGUAGGUGACAAUAUAGUAGUGACUGGAGGUUACUUCCGGGAUGUGUUGUGGUAUAGUGUGGACUGGGUGAGCAUUUAUCAAUACAGUAACCAGCGGUGGGUGGACGGCCCAGCAAUGCAGAAGUCCAGGCACAGCCACUGCUCAGCAGCACUGGAGCUCCAGUUGUUUGUGUUUGGUGGUAGUAUGGAUGAGGGACCUGUGGCAGAUGUGGAAAGGCUGGUCUUGGGAGUAGAGGAAUGGGACAGCGUCAGUCCCAUGGUUCGGGCUGUGGAAAGGGCGGCCAUAGUCACUUUGGGAACUUGUAUCUACAUCGCCUGUGGUUUGGAUGAAAAUGGGGACGUUUACAGCGGGAUUCAAAGAUACAGGCCAGAAGUUGAUCAAUGGGACGUGGUAUCCUAUUCUCCAUUCCCACGUUAUGAUCUUCUUGCAACUGCGCUCAAUGGUGCCCUCUAUCUGCUGGGAGGUCAGACUCUCCGUUUAGACAUUGAUACUGAUGAGUGGACCGUUCUUCAAGAGGAAAAAUUGGACAAUAAAUUCUUCACAGGCUGUGCCACAGUGAAUGGACAGAUUUACAUACUGAGCGAGAGGAAGAUAAAUAAAAUGUACCCUAACAUGAUUCUACUGGACCCUUACAUUGACACGUGCUUAGAAAUCGAUGAUUCAAUACCCUGUCCAGUCCCUAUAAGAGGGUGUGUCACCAUGCCAGUGCAUCCUUUCUGAAACCAUAACAGGAACACUUGCAACGUCAAUCAAUAUUUUUUGUGCUUUUUGUUCUUUCUCUUCGCCUUAAGCUCAAUCAAUUGCAUUUGUAGCAUAAUGCUGAUUCCCACAAAAUACCUUUUGACACAUCCCUUUUCUUAAAGCCUCACUGUAACCCAGAUUUUUACCCUUAUAUUUUGUAAAGAAAAGGAUCGAGGGACAAGUAAAAAAAAUAUAUAAUUUUUACUUUUUAAAUAAACAUAAUGCUGUAAACGCUGUUGAUUAAGCUUAUCUUGUAUUGAACCAGGAAUGUUUCUAUAAAUUAAUAUUUUAUCCAAAAAAUUUACUUCUGUCAU